CCCGGAUCUCGAGACCGCUCCACUCUGAGCCGUAGGAAUUGAGCCACAUUAUGCUGCUUCAAGCCACGAGCUAAGCCACGUGACUGCCGCUAGCCCCAUCCUGAAUUCCCCUCCACACACAAAAUUUGGGCAAGGAGGAAAAUCCAGCCGCGAACUAACGAACAGGAAGGUAUCUUGCCAACAAGUCAAAAUGGCGACCACCCAGGCAGUUCAGGUGUUCGGCAAGAAGAAGAAUGCCACAGCCGUCGCGCGCUGUGUGCAGGGCAAGGGCCUGAUCAAGGUCAACGGCAAGCCGCUCAAGCUGUUUGCCCCCGAGAUCCUCAGGGCGAAACUCUACGAGCCUGUCCUCAUUAUUGGCGCCGAUAAGUUCGCUGAGGUCGAUAUCCGGAUUCGAGUUGCCGGUGGUGGUCACACUUCUCAGGUCUAUGCGACGCGCCAGGCGGUCGCCUACUACGCCAAGUACAUCGAUGAGCACUCCAAGAAUCUCCUCAAGUCCGCCCUUAUCCAGUUCGACCGCAGCCUCCUAGUCGCCGACCCCCGGCGUUGCGAGCCCAAGAAGUUUGGUGGAAGGGGUGCCCGUGCGAGGUUCCAGAAGUCCUAUCGUUGAUCGGUUUUUGGGUCAUGUUGGGAAGCGGGGACUUGCGUGGACACGGACGGCGUUCGGCAUUGCAUUGGUCAGCUACGAGUCGAUAUUGGCCUCCAACGGUGGCCUGCUAAGGUGCACAUACAUGGCGCCUUGGGAGAUAGGAAUCGAGACUCGAGUCUACCUG